AUGUCGUCGAAAAGACCUCUCUCCUAUCCCAACUGGCAAUGCGUCAUCAAGUACAUAAAUUCAAACACGCACGAGUAUUAUAAUAAUAAUGGUGGAGAGACCCAUGAUGUUGAUAAAUAUGGAUUCCCGGUAGCUCCUUGGUAUUUUCGAACUUAUAAUGAUGAUGAUCUCCAAAAGCGGAAAAAGGAGAUUCAGAAAAGAAUUAAAACGCUCAAGAAAAAAUUGCCUGACUCAGCUGACGUUUUGGAACAUGCCGUGAAAAAUCUGAAGCAUCUAAACGAUAUUAUAUUUCGCCGUGAUCUUCAAUCGAAAAAUCUCGAACCACCGUUUACCCACUAUCUCCAACUCUCUAUUACUUCAAAUAGUCUGUUUGCAAAAGAUCCCAUCACUUCUGAAACUAAUGGUACAACACGAACGGAACGACUAGUCUACGAACAGCCGUUGGAGAAUGCUCAAAAGUAUCUGAUUGACAAGUUAUUCGGAGGAAGGUCUCAGAUAAUUAUUGGUCAUAUGAGCUUUGAUUCUGAAGAUCAUCAUUUUCCCAUGGGUUCUCUGCUGCGUGUUCAGAAUUUAACCAUUGGAUCUAGGUCGUUUGUUCGUUAUCGAGAUAAAGUGGAAAGCGUACUGGACUACAAAGAUUACCCAUUGGAAACGCUCUCUUUGAGUGGAGAGGAACUAAAUCAUCCAAUAGUCGAAACUGCUCCGAAGCUACUAUUCACCGGACUACCUUCCGACUUUCCUGUAAUCCGUCAUCGGAACGUCCAGUUCUCUGGCUAUUUUGACAUCACAACUUCAGUUCAGCAAUUAGUGCAACAUAUGCUGAGUGUCAAGACAAGCAUCGGAGUGUGCUAUGCAUUCUUUUCUUGGCUCGAUCUUAAGAAAACGGCAUUAAUUGAACAGAUCAAGGAAGCUCAUGAAGAACGAGUGAAACUCGUUGUGAAUACAAAAAACGAUACAUUCUCAAAUUGUGUUGUUCUCCAAAUGACAGAAACAUCAGAUCUAUUUGUCUACUGGACAAACGGGACAAUCAAAAUUGAAGUGUUGCCAUCCGGAAGUCCAGUACCAAUUGAGCAUGACGAAUAA